CUCCUUGGCACGAGAAACUAAAACCCUCUUCCCUUUCACACAGCAAACAGAAGCAGAGUUUGCCGCUACACCGAGAAUGGCGAAGAGGAAGCAGAAGGAGAGGAUUCAGAACCCUGAAGCGUUCGAUCCCUAUGGCGCUGAUUCUGCCAAGACGAAGAAACGUUCUAAGCCUCCGAAACGGCACCAAGAGGAAGACAACUUCAUCGCUUCCAACAUCAGCUCCAAGAUCAUCAAAGAGGCUUUCAUUCAGCAAAAGGAGGUUCUGGAAGAAGAACACGAAGACGUGCAUCAGAGCGCCAAGAGUUUCUUCGCUGGAGUCGAAGAGGUUCCAAAGGCUGAGGACGAGGACGAUGAUGACAUUGACGACUUUGCUGGCUUCUCUGAAACGCAGAGCCAGUUCGCUGGAUAUGAUGAGGAGAUUAAUGAGGAGGAUGAGGGAUUAAUGGAAGCAUUCUUAUCCAAGGAGCAGGGUCGGCGGCAGAAAACACUUGCAGACCUCAUUGUUGAAAGAAUAAAAGAAAAGGAUGCUUCUGUUGCUUCAGAAAAUCGACCAGUACCAAAAUUGGAUAAAUCCAUAAUUGACAUAUACAAGGGGGUUGGUACUCAUCUUAGCAGAUAUACGGUUGGCAAAAUACCCAAGGCAUUCAAACACAUCCCCUCUAUGCAACUUUGGGAGGAGGUCUUGUAUAUAACUGAACCUGAGAAUUGGUCUCCAAAUGCCCUUUAUCAAGCAACUAGGAUUUUUGCUUCUAAUUUUGGUGCCAAAAAAGCAGAACGCUUCUACAGACUUGUGUUGCUUCCAAGAGUGAGGGAAGAUAUAAGGAAGAACAAGCGACUGCAUUUUGCUUUAUACCAAACACUGAAAAAGGCAUUGUACAAACCUGCUGCAUUCUUUAAGGGAAUACUGUUUCCACUAUGUGAGUCACGCACAUGCACUCUCAGGGAAGCAGUCAUUAUUGGAAGCAUUAUAGAAAAGGUUUCAAUUCCUCCACUUCAUUCAAGUGUUGCACUGUUGAGGCUUGCUGGAAUGGAAUAUUGUGGCACCACAAGUUAUUUUAUAAAGCUUCUUGUGGAGAAAAAAUAUGCUUUGCCAUACCGUGUGGUUGAUGCAGUUGUUGCUCAUUUUAUGAGAUUUCUCAAUGAAACCAGGAUAAUGCCUGUUAUAUGGCACCAGUCUCUUCUUGCAUUUGUGCAAAGGUACAAAAAUGAGCUGCAGAAGGAAGAUAAGGAUAGAUUAAGGGAUCUACUGGAAAAGCAAAAGCAUAAAUUAGUUACACCUGAAAUUAGUAGAGAGCUAAACCACAGCCGCAAUCGAGGUGAAAAGGAGGAAGAUCUUAUGUCAAUAUCCAGUCCAGUAUAUGUGAUAAACAAGACUAUAGAAGAAGAUAGAUUUGACAUUCCAGAGGUACCGAUGGAAGAGGAUUAAUUUAUUGCGGAUUUUUCACUGGGAGGAUUCUCUUGGGGGAAAUGCCCUCGUCCUCGCGCUGAGUUUAGUUUUGACCAUCAGCAAUCUUGUAUUCCGCUUCCUUUUUUUUUUGUGUGUGUGAAGUUUUGACAAAUGCAAUCUCACAUAUUCUUUUUCUGAUGUAUUCUUCCUGCUAGUGCACUCACUACUCAUACAAUUUAAGUUACCAUGGGAUAUUCUGUGAUAUAAGGUUAUUUUGCUAGUGUAUUUUAUGUGGAUUAAAACUUUCGAAGGUAUACUACUGUAUCACUGGUAUAGUUCAUUUUGCUCCACUAAUGAAGUAAUGAUGUUUAUUCUUU